UGUUUCCAUUAGACGAGGAGAAAUCCUGGACGUUUUUCGCAAUUUUGAAAAAUUAGUAAUAAUAAUAACUAGAAAUAUACAAGUACAAAAAAUUAGUGGCUACCGUAACUUAUAAAGUUAAUAAUAAUAAUUAAAAUAAUAAUAAUUAUUAUUCGUUUUGGUUGAAUUAUGAUUUUGGAGCCUUGAGUUGAUAUAGCGGUUCGCCGGUUUUUCACAAAGGCACAGGACGCGAAUAGUUGUCGAAAUUGGUUUGAUUAGAUUUAUACCACUGAAGCGCUUCACCUUAAAGCAGCGCUUAAAGCAGCUUAUUCUUGUUCUGGAAUCUUAUUCGGUGUUUGAUUGUGUAAUUUUCCUGCACGUUUUGAGUCGAUCCUUCAUGGCUUCCAGUGGAAUCAUAUUCGAAGAUAUUUUCGAUGUCAAAGAUAUCGAUCCUGAUGGCAAGAAGUUCGAUCGAGUGUCCCGAUUGUUCUGUGAAAGUGAGUCUUUUAAAAUGGAUUUGAUUCUGGAUGUGAACACUCAGAUUUACCCCAUGGAACUUGGGGAAAAAUUCCGUAUGGUGGUGGCCAGUUCGCUGGGCGACAGCACGGACCGGGAAAUGCCCGAGGAUGGGGAAUAUCGCGACAUCUCUAAAUUCCCGAGAGCGGAACAGUAUGAGUACAUCAUGUACGGUAAAGUUUACCGUCUGGAAGGAGACGAUGCUUCGAGUGAGUCUGGGCGACUGGCGGCCUAUGUCUCCUACGGCGGACUGCUCAUGCGUUUGCACGGAGACGCCAGCAAUUUGUUGUCGUUUGAGGUCGACAGCAACGUCUAUCUCCUAAUGAAAAAGCUGGCUUUUUGAGAAUUCAUAUAGAAGUACUGGAAGGAGAACGGUUUUUUAAUUGUGGACGGAUGAAUUUUGAAUACGCCGCUUUUUUGGAGGAUAACGAUAAUUAUUAUGGAUUUACUGAUUUCGUAUCUCAUCAUUUUCAAGAAAAGAAAAGGCACUUUGAUGUUAUUACAUUCGGAUGUCGGGAUGUACUUUUAAACUUUCCAUCACGAACGUGAGUUUUUUUUGGCAAAGGGUUAACCUUUAGAAUGUUUGCUCUUUUUCUUUGAAAUAUGGACGUUUUGAAUUGGUAUUGUUCGAACUUUGUUGUACAGUGUACGAGUACUUACCUGGUUGUGACUUGUUAGUAAAUAAUAAAAGAAUUUGUGUAAUAA